AUGGACGGGCUGUCGGCGAAUUUCCACUCCUUGAGACUUGCCGGGCUGUGGCGCGAGGAGAACGAAAGCUUCGGGCUCGCGAGAAGGCUGUACCGACUGCUGGUGGUGGCAAUCGUGUUUUACUUCACGUUCACCCUGACGGCCGAGAUCGCCCUAAAGAGCAGCGACAUCGACCACCUCACCGAGGCCCUGUUUUUCGCCGCCACGUACCUCACCCUCUGCUUCAAGAUCAUCAACUUCCUGGCUCGCCGGGACAACCUCCUCGAAAUCAUCCGCGAUCUGAACCACCCGCACUGCCAACCCAAUGGCAAAGAGGAGACGACGAUACUGGCUAAACGCGCGACCACGUCCACGAGGCUGUUCACGUUCCUCAUGGGUUUCGCCAUUUGCGACGCCCUGGUCUUUUUUUACACCUUUGCGUCCAAGGUGGCUCUCGGCGCGCCAAGCUUGCCGUACAAGGCGUACCAGUUUUACGAGGUCUCCAGUCCGCGAGUCGCGUACCCUACGGCUUGUUUCCAGGUGGUGGCCAACGUUUACUCCAUCGUCAUCAACAUUUCCCUGGACACCAUGUUCGCGGGGCUGUUCAUGGCGAUAACCGGACAAAUGGAGUUGAACGCCCGUAGACUCGAGAAGUUGAGUCGCGGUGACGUGGUUCGCGCGAGAGAUUGCGUCGCCCAUGGGUUGUUGGUUCGAGGAGUGGCGGAGAAGGUGGAGUCCCUCGUUGUGGGAGUUGCCAUACCGUUUUUCCUGCUCAGCAUGGCCAGUAUUUGCACGAGCAUGUUUCAAGCCUCCAAGUACAACUUCCUUAGCUCGGAUUUCGCGGGGAUUAGUGUUUUCUCCCUGUGUAUUUUGCUGCAAGUCUUCAUCUACUGCUGGUUCGGCAAUCAACUGAUGCUUAAGAGUCAAGAAAUAUCAAACGCGGUCUAUAAAUGCGAUUGGAUUUCAAUGGAUGCCCGUGAGAGGAGAUUAUUGUUCGUUUUGAUGAUUUGCAAUAAAAAAGGCCAAAGGAUCUCUUGUCACGGAUUGUGCGCACUCAACAUGAAAACAUUCUUAUGGAUAAUAAAAACUUCGUAUGCCACAGUGAGUUUAUUGCAUCAGGUCAAUACCAGAGCUUAA